GGAGCUUCUAUGAUUAGGGCUGUGGCGAGGCAAGGAGGCGGCCACUCUGAAAGGGCAAGGGGUUUUUACGCACAGUUGGCGCCUUCUUGUUGACCGCGCACCACGAGCUGCGGUUCAUUUAUCUGUACCGGUGUGGCUCCCGAAUCAGUGUCUUUGUGGUUAAACUACUUGAGGGAGGAUGAGAUCCGUGAUAUCCAGGGUGUGAGAAGAGUGCGCAAAACGUCUUGGAGUUGGCCAUGGCUCUGGAGAGCGCGUCGUUCCUGAAAGCGGGGCUCGUGUUGUUGAUGGCAGCUCAAGUCCUUCCAUCAGUGUCCAGCUGCAAAAGAGCUUUCUACGAGAGGAUGAUCAAUGAUUUCUGCUUAGCUAAGUUCAAACACGACAUGGGGACGCUGGACCAGGGCUUGUGGUGCAGCUGGCCGGACACCAUGGACAUCUACGAGGGGCUAACAAACUGCACCUACCAGGUGGCCUUGAGGGUGGACUGCUUCUGGCCAAAUCAGAUAAUCGACCGCUUCUUCAUGCAGAUUCACCGGAUCUACUUCCACGACUGCGCGCUGACCGGCCGGCUUAUCCACGACCCCCCGGCCAGCAUCCUCGCCCCGUUUAUUGCAGUGCCAGUGCUGGUCACGCUGCUCAUGACUGCCCUUGUGGUGUGGAGAAGUAAACGCACAGAGGGGGUUUUAUAAGGACUGGCUUCAGGAUCGGGGCUUAAGGCUUGUAAAUACAAAUGGACUCCCGAUGUCCAAUGACAGAGCAUG